GAAUCCUGAGGCAGCCGCUUGCUUAGAACGGUGCUGGAGUACGAAGAGGAAAAGCUUGGCUUUAUUGCCCUCCAGACUUGGCUAGGCCCAGCCCACCAGGGCAGACCCAAAGAUGUUCUGCCCUGAACGAUGCCACCCUAGAGAUGAAGAACUGCUUCAGGCAGCAGGACCUACCCCAGGUGUCCGAGGUCCUGUUUAGUGGUCUACUCAUUUCACUCCCAGAGAAUCCACUGAUAUUUUUAGGGGAAAAAAAAGAUCAUGGAACUAGCAGGAAAUGGGCUUGAAAAUAUUUCAUGGGACAUUUAAUGGAUCCAUCAGUGACACAGAAAUUUCAAAAGAUGCCUAAAAUGUUCCUAGGACGAUCUUCUUACCUUGAAGAACUAGUGAAAAUGGCCGACAGAGAAAAAAGGACAAAAUCAAAAAAAAAGGAAACUGAAAAGAUUAAAGAAGAUUUUUAUAGCCUUGAAAGAUUUCGAUCAUUAGAUACCAUGUCAUCUGUUGAAUCAGUAGUGACACCUACAUGUGACAUUUCAAAAUUACCUGAAAAAGUAAUAGUACAGAUUUUCCGUUUUCUAAGUAUCAUUGAUCUGGCAAAAUGUGCUGAAGUCAACAAGGACUGGAGAUCCAUGACACAGUUACGAGCAUUGUGGAGUGAUAUGAAUUUUUCUGUAGUGUGCCACAUGGUCUGUGAUGAAUACAUAGGGAAAAUACUCCAAAAAUGGCAAUCCUAUGUGUUACGUUUGAAUUUCCAUGGCUUUUCUUCUCUUCAUUGGUCUUCCUUUAAAUUCAUCAAUCAGUGUAAAAAUUUGCAAGAACUAAAUGUCUCUGAAUGCAAAGGACUAAAUGAUGAUUUAAUGAAAUAUGUAUCAGAAGGCUGCCCAGCUCUGGUUAAUCUGAAUGUAGCUCACACAGAUAUUUCUAACAGAACACUAAGACUACUAUCAAGACAUUUCCCCAACUUACAGAAACUUAGUUUGGCUUAUUGCAGGAAAUUCACAGAGAAAGGUUUACCAUACCUGAAUUCAGGCAAAGGGUGCCACAAGCUCACCGAUUUGGACCUUUCAGGUUGUACUCAGAUUUCAGUUCAAGGCUUCAGAGAUAUUGCAAGCAGCUGCACUGGAAUAAAGCACUUAGUUAUCAAUGAUAUGCCAACUCUGACAGAUAGUUGUAUAAAAGUUUUAGUUGAUAAGUGCAAACAACUUACAUCUGUAAUAUUCAUUGGUUCACCACAUCUCUCUGACACUACUUUUAAAUACCUUACUGACUGCUCACUUAGCAAAGUCCGAAUUGAAGGGAAUAAUCGGAUCACUGAUUUAACUUUCAAACUUAUGGAGAAAUGUAGUGAGUAUCUCAGUCAUAUUUGCAUGACAGACUGUCAGAGGAUUACCGAUACCUGUCUACAGUCAAUUGCUAAUUUGGGAAAACUUCGUGUAUUGAAUUUAACCAAUUGUAUAAGAAUUGGUGAUAAUGGCAUAAGGAACCUCUUUGAUGGAAUUUCAGGCUUAAAGCUUAGAGAACUGAAUUUAAAUAGCUGUGGCCAAUUAAGUGAUCUUGCCCUUGCAACAAUGGGAGAAAGGUGUCGAAGCCUUACCUACUUGAAUUUACGUAAUUGUCCACAGUUGUCUGAUUGUGGGAUUGAGUUCAUUACACAGAUUCCCAGCUUGAUUUCAAUUGAUAUUUCUGCAACAGCCAUCACGGAUGAGGCAUUGACAUCACUCUCCAAACAUAAAAAAUUAAAAGAACUUACUGUUUCUGAGUGUGAAUAUAUCACAGAUUUCGGGAUUAAGGAAUUCUGUCAGUCGACUCCAAUUUUGGAACAUUUAGAUACUUCUUUCUGCGUCAAGCUUUCUGGAGACAUUUUGAAAAUUGGCGCCAGUAGGUGCCCUAGACUUACAUCACUCAGCAUUGCUGCCUGUCCAAAGAUAAAUGACUUGGCCAUAAAGAUUUUGAGCAAAAAAUGCCAUUACCUUCAUAUCUUGGAUAUCUCCGGAUGUAUCUUCCUUACUGACAAAGUCAUUGAAUACCUUCUGGAAGGCUGCAAACAGCUUCGGGUCUUGAAGAUGCGCUACUGCAAGCGGAUUUCCAAGGAAGCAGAUUACCGCAUUUCAUCUCAUGUUCAGCACAGUGAACACAGUACUGAAGAUCCCCCCUUUUGGUUUGGCUAUGAUUACAAAGGCACCAUCUACCACGACAGAAUUAAAGUCUUGUAUACAAAGAAAAGAAAGUCAUCACUGGAAGGUUCGGAGGAUAUAGAAAAUGCAUUCAGCAAUUAAUCUUCUGCAUUACAAGAUGCCUCCAAAAUCAAAGAAUAACAUCAACCAACCUAGAAUUAACGUGUUCCUUGAAUCACUUUUGUUUGCUUGGAAAAAGUAUUUUUAUUAGUUGGACCUCAUUAACAAUGUUUCCUUAAAGAGGCAGUAGUGAUUUAGCUUCAGUUUCUUGUUCCAGCUAUAAUUCCUAAAGUCAUUACUGGUUCAUCUUAAUCUAUAAUAAUAAAUAAAGAAAUAUAUAAGCAAAGUCA